GGUUAUGGGUCAGCAGAAACAGGGUCUGGCCUUUCGGAGGUGGAAGCCGAACUCAUGAAGGCCAGCUGGCUCCAGAGGACCGUCGCAUGGAUCGUGCGUUUGAUGUCAUUUAGGCGCAAAUUUCAAAGGAAAGUGACCCUGGUGAUGGUAGGCCUGGAUAAUGCAGGUAAAACAGCCACAGUCAGAGGAAUUCAGGGAGAAAAUCCACAGGACGUGGCCCCCACUGUGGGCUUCUCCAAGGUCGACCUGAAGCAGGGCAAGUUUGAGGUGACCAUCUUUGACCUGGGCGGUGGCAAAAGGAUCCGGGGCAUCUGGAAGAACUACUACUCGGAGUCGCACGGCGUUGUGUUUGUGGUGGACUCCAGCGACGUCCAGCGGAUCCAGGAGACGCGCGAGACCAUGACGGAGGUCCUGCAGCACCCCCGCAUUGCUGGGAAACCUGUUCUAGU